AUGUCCGGAUUCAGCGCCACGAUGAGGGGCACCCAGCUGCGCUCGCAGGCCCAGGGCGCGCAGCAGCGGCCGCGCUCGAUGGUGCGCGUGAUGGCCACCUCGCGCUUCCAGAAGGAGAACCCCUACACGGAGGAGCUCCGCGCGACCGCCAAGUACAUCGCUCAGCGCGGCAAGGGCAUCCUCGCGUCGGACGAGUCCAACGCGACGACGGGCAAGCGCCUCGCGACGAUCGGCGUCGACAACACCGAGGAGAACCGCCGCGACUGGCGCGAGGUGCUGUACACCGCGCCCGGCCUGGGCCAGUACAUCUCCGGCGCGAUCAUGUUCGAGGAGACGCUGUACCAGAAGGCCGCGGACGGCACGCAGUUCGUGGACAUCCUCAAGGACCAGGGCAUCGUCCCGGGCAUCAAGGUCGACACCGGCCUGGAGCCGAUCCCUGGCACGGACGGCGAGACCUCGACGCAGGGCCUCGACGGCCUCGGCGCGCGCUGCAAGGCCUACUACGACCAGGGCGCGCGGUUCGCCAAGUGGCGCGCCGUCAUCAAGGUGGACGACGGUCCGUGCCCGACGACGACGGGCAUCCUCGAGAACGCGCACGGCCUCGCGCGCUACGCCCAGAUCGCGCAGGCGAACGGCCUGGUGCCGAUCGUUGAGCCGGAGGUGACGCUCGGACCGGGCGACUACUCGAUCGAGCGCACGGCCUACAUCUCCGAGCGCGUGUACAGCCACGUGAUGCGCCUCCUCAACGAGUACGACGUCAUGCUGGACUGCAUCCUGCUCAAGCCCAACAUGUGUUUGCCGGGCCUGGACGCGCCCGUCGCGGCGCCGGAGGAGGUCGCGAAGUACACCGUGCGCACGAUGAUGCGCACGAUCCCGGCCGCCGUGCCCGGGAUCCACUUCCUGUCCGGGGGGAUGUCGGAGGAGGAGUCGACGCUCAACCUGCAGGCGCUGCAGGAGGAGUGCCCGAACUCCCCCUGGGCGCUGACGUUCUCGUACGGCCGCGCGCUGCAGAGCACGACGCUGAAGACGUGGGGCGGCGACAAGGCGAACGUCGCGGCCGCGCACGACAUCCUCGUCAAGCUGGCAAAGGCCAACAGCGAGGCGCAGCUGGGGCAGUUCAAGGGCCCGCACCCGGUGCCCGGCGGCGGGCGCAUCCUGCAGCAGCUGCGCCUGGGCGGGGCCGGGAAGUAG